AUGAGCGCAAGUUCUUUCAUCAAUGCAUUACGCAGAUUCACUUCGGUUCGUGGUGAUGUACGUCAGUUUCACUCCGAUAGAGGAACUAACUUUGUUGGCUCGACCGACAGCCUGAAAAUUGACGCCAUUAACGUCGAGGAUGGUAUCGCCAAGCAACACCUCUACCAGACUGGCGUCACCUGGAUCUUCAACUCUCCCCACUCAUCCCAUAUGGGUGGGGUCUGGGAACGAAUGAUUGGGAUGGCCAGACGUAUCUUGGAUUCUAUUCUGCUUGAACCGAAGAACCGGCAUCUUACUCAUGAAGUCUUGUCAACACUUCUGUAUGAGGUAGCAGCUAUCAUCAAUAGCAGACCUAUUGCGCAGGUGUCAUCAGAUCCGGAGUGCCCCAGUAUUCUGACUCCAUCUACACUGCUUACCCAAAAGGUUGGUGUUCCACACGAACCAUUCAGCGACCUGACUCUUAAAGACAUGUAUAAAGCACAGUGGUUAUCGGUUCAAGUGCUCGCAAACGAGUUCUGGACGAGGUUUUCUCGCGAAUACCUCGAUCAGCUGCAAGUAAGGCAGAAAUGGCAACAUGCCACAAACAACUUGAAACCCGACGACAUUAUACUGCUGAAGAACGCUUGUGUUAACCGGAGACAGUGGCCCAUUGGGCGCGUUGUGAAAGCAUUCCCCAGUGAUGACGGUUUAGUGAGAAAGGUCGAGGUUAAGGUCAUCCGGGAAGGUAGCCCGACAACGGAAAAAGAUAGCUUUCAGGUAAUGCACACAGAAAGCAUUACUCUUCUCGAAGCAAGAAAGACUGUUGAAAUCCCUGUGUCGGUUCCAUCCUAUGCCAGUCUUGCAAAGGUUGGUAUUACGAACUUGGAGACCCAUGAUGCUACACAGACAUAUGAUGCAGGUAAACAGACUGACAUAGCGUGCGACAAUCUUUCUGGCCUUCGGCCUGCUACAUCAAAGGCUUCGUCAACAGUUAUCGCGAACACCACCAUCACCAUCAAAACAGAAUCAGAACCCCCAAUCACCAUCAAAAUCUGCUCCCAGCACUCAAAAAGUGAAAAAUCAGCCAAAGCAGAUAAUUCAAAUUUCCUCAGAUAG